AUGGAGAGCCUGCUGGAGAACCCGGUGCGUGCCGUGCUCUACCUCAAGGAGCUCACCGCCAUCGUGCAAAACCAGCAGAGCCUCAUCCACACCCAGCGCCAGCGCAUCGACGAGCUGGAGCGGCGGCUGGACGAGCUAAGCGCCGAGAACCGCAGCCUGUGGGAGCAUCAGCAGCUGCUGCAAGCCCAGCCUCCGCCCGGGCUCGUCCCCCCGUCGUCAGCCCCGCUGCCAGCUUCCCUGGCCACCGCUCCCACCGCUGCCGGCGGGGCCCAGGAAUCUCUCCAGGACCACGGACAGCUCUCCCCCGCCGCGCCACAGGCAGCACCCGAGCAGCAGCCGCUUCAGCACCACGGACAGCUCCUGGCGCAGCCCCAGCCGGGCCCCAGCGGUAGGGCUCAUGCACCCCAGUCGCCCCACCAGCACCCAGUGACACUCGGGGCCGUCGCCGACAAGGAGAAGGAGCGUUCCCCGAGUUGUUGCGCUGCCGGAGCCCUCCUUCAGCACAAAUCCCCCGCCGCCCUCAGCAAGGGCGUCCUGAGCAGGAGACCUGAGAAUGAGACCGUGCUGCACCAGUUCUGCUGUCCAGCCGCCGAUGCCGAGCAGAAGCCAGCCUGCUCCGACCUGGCCUCCCCAAGUGAUGGCUCCUGCGCCCAGGCCGGUGGGGGCAUGGAGGACUCCAUGGUGGCAGCGGCGGUGGUGGCAGCCGGCAGACCCAGUGCCCAUGCCCUGAAGGCUCAAGAUCUGGAGCUGCGGGAGGAGGAGGAGCAGCUGGGGGCGGGGGGUGCCCCCUCGAGGGCUGGCCCCCACCGCGCGGCCUCCCCUGGCCAGCAGCAGCCUGCCCUGGCUACAGCGCUCUGCUCCCACACCCCUGCUGCCUCCGAUUACGAACUCUCCCUUGACCUAAAGAAUAAACAGAUUGAAAUGCUAGAACACAAGUAUGGGGGCCACCUGGUAUCCCGGCGCGCCGCUUGCACCAUCCAAACCGCUUUUCGCCAGUACCAGCUCAGCAAGAACUUUGAGAAGAUUCGCAACUCGCUCCUGGAGAGCCGCCUGCCGCGACGCAUCUCCCUGCGCAAGGCGCGGGCGCCCACGGCUGAGAGCCUGGCGGCCGAGAAGGCGCUCCUGGAGGGCUGCGGGCUCGUGGGGCUGCCGCUGGUGCGCUCGCCCUCCCUGCCGCCCAGCCUCUCGGGCACGCUCACCGAGCUAGAGGACUCCUUCACCGAGCAGGUGCAGUCCCUGGCCAAGUCCAUCGACGACGCCCUCAGCACCUGGAGCCUCAAGACCGUGUGCUCCCUGCAGGAGAGCAGCGCCUACCAGCUGCACCAGGCCCUGCAGGCUGCUGCGGGGUCACCAGGCCUGGAGGCCGACAUGAGGGAGACUGAGAUCGCCGCCCCGGGGCCCGCAGAUGAAGCAGCUGAGGCUGCCGGCCUGCCACAGGGCCACGGCAGCACUCUCAUGAUGGCCUUCCGGGAUGUGACAGUGCAGAUCGCCAACCAGAACAUCUCCGUCUCCUCCUCCACGGCUCUGUCGGUGGCCAACUGCCGCGGUGCGCAGACAGCCCAGGCCCUAGCAGAGCCCUCAGCGGUCAGGGCAGAGCAGGGCGAGGCGCCAGGGCAGGAAGCCCCACAAGCCCCAGGCUCCGGCCAGGGGGACGUACCUGUAGAGGACACAGGCGCAGAGGCGGAGGCGGGCGAGGCCCUGCGCGCAGACCUGGUGGGGGCCGCUGAGACGGCGGUGGAAAAGGAGGCCUCGGUCGCCCAGGCAGAGGAGGAAGAGGAGAAGGGGACAGAGGAGGCGGGUCAGGGGCCCGAGGCUGAGGCCGGGGCUGGGGCUGGGGCCGAGGCCGAGGCCGAGGCCGAGGCGGGCAACAGCUCAGAGCACCUGAGCAGCAGCACGUCCACCAAGUCCGCCAAGUCAGGCUCGGAAUCGUCAGCCGCCGCCUCCAAGGAGGCCUUGCAGGCCAUGAUCCUGAGUCUGCCACGCUACCACUGCGAGAACCCAGCCAGCUGCAAGUCUCCCACGCUCUCCACAGACACCCUGCGCAAGCGGCUCUACCGCAUUGGCCUCAACCUCUUCAACAUAAACCCGGACAAGGGCAUCCAGUUCCUGAUCUCACGCGGCUUCAUCCCCGACACCCCCAUUGGCGUGGCCCAUUUCCUCCUCCAGCGGAAGGGCCUGAGCCGCCAGAUGAUCGGAGAGUUCCUGGGCAACAGCAAGAAGCAGUUCAACAGAGAUGUGCUGGACUGUGUGGUGGACGAGAUGGACUUCUCCAGCAUGGAGCUGGACGAGGCCCUGCGCAAGUUCCAGGCACACAUCCGUGUGCAGGGGGAGGCCCAGAAGGUGGAGCGGCUCAUCGAGGCCUUCAGCCAGCGCUACUGCAUGUGCAACCCCGAGGUGGUGCAGCAGUUCCACAACCCUGACACCAUCUUCAUCCUCGCCUUCGCCAUCAUCCUCCUCAACACCGACAUGUAUAGCCCCAACAUCAAGCCUGACCGGAAGAUGAUGCUAGAGGACUUCAUCCGAAACCUGAGAGGUGUGGAUGAUGGCGCUGACAUCCCCAGGGAACUGGUGGUAGGCAUCUACGAAAGGAUACAGCAGAAGGAGCUCAAGUCCAAUGAGGACCACGUCACGUACGUCACCAAAGUGGAAAAGUCCAUCGUGGGCAUGAAGACAGUGCUGUCGGUGCCCCACCGCCGCCUGGUCUGCUGCAGCCGGCUCUUUGAGGUGACGGACCUGAGCAAGCCGCAGAAGCAGGCCGCGCACCAGCGGGAGGUGUUCCUCUUCAACGACCUGCUGGUGAUUCUCAAACUCUGCCCGAAGAAGAAGAGCUCCUCUACCUACACCUUCUGCAAGUCCGUCGGCCUUCUGGGCAUGCAGUUCCACCUCUUUGAGAAUGAGUAUUAUUCUCAUGGCAUCACACUGGUGACCCCACUCUCGGGCUCUGAGAAGAAGCAGGUGCUGCAUUUCUGCGCCCUGGGCUCAGAUGAGAUGCAGAAGUUUGUGGAGGACCUGAAGGAGUCCAUUGCCGAGGUGACGGAGCUGGAGCAGAUCCGGAUAGAGUGGGAGCUGGAGAAACAGCAGGGAACAAAGACACUCUCCUUCAAGCCCGGAGGAGCCCAGGUGGACCCGCAGUCAAAGCAAGGAUCACCUACAGCCAAGAGGGAAGCAGCGCUCGGGGAGAAGCCAGUGGAGAGUGUGGUGGAGGUGUCAAUUCACAACAGGCUUCAAACGUCCCAGCACAACCCCGGGCUGGGGGCCGAGAGGGGAGUGCCAGCGCCGUUGCCAGACCUGCAGCCUAGCCCCUUGAGAGAGCAGCCCCCAUCGCUGCCGCCGCCGCCACCCACACCCCCGGGCACCCUGGUGCAGUGCCAGCAAAUUGUCAAGGUCAUUGUCCUGGACAAGCCCUGCCUGGCCCGCAUGGAACCCCUGCUGAGCCAGGCUCUCUCCUGCUAUGCCUCAUCCUCCUCUGACUCCUGUGGCUCCACACCCCAGGGUGGCCCAGGCUCCCCAGUCAAGGUUGUCCACCAGCCUCCGCUGCCCCCACCCCCACCCCCCUACAAUCACCCUCACCAGUUCUGCCCCCCAGGCUCCCUGCUGCACAGGCGCCGCUAUUCCAGUGGCUCCAGGAGCCUGGUGUAG